GUAUCUCAGUGGCUACAUGUGCGUUACGUUACCAUUAAAAGAAUUCUCGCGAAAAGUGUAAUGAACGAUAUCAGAAACGUAAAAUUAUCGUCACUCGGUGACUCAAAUUAUGUGAAACCGCUAAGGAUGCAUUACACACAGAAUGGCAUUGAAAAAACAUGGGAUUUGAUAAAAAUACAUGACAGUGUUUCCAUUCUAAUAUACAACACUACAAGAAAAGUGCUAAUAUUUGUAAAGCAGUUUCGACCAGCUGUGUACUUUGCCAGUAUUCCUGAAUAUGAUCGACAGAUGAUAAUUGAAACAAGUAAAUAUCCACCAGAAUGUGGAAUUACCCUCGAGCUAUGUGCUGGUAUUGUAGACAAGAACUUGGCUCUUGAAGAAGUAGCAAGAAUUGAGGUGCUGGAGGAAUGUGGUUAUGAUAUUCCAGUCUCUAAUCUUGAGAGAAUUAUUUCAUACAGGUCAGGAAUAGGUGUUUGUGGAGAUAAUCAGACAAUCUUCUAUGCUGAAGUGACUGAUAACAUGAAAGUAGGAAAAGGAGGUGGAAAUCUAGAAGAAGGUGAACUUAUUGAGGUAGUAGAAAUGACUGUUCCACAAGCCAAGGAGUACAUAAACAAAGGCACAGUACUGAGCCCUGGUGGUUUUAUUUUUGCCUUGCUUUGGUUUUUCCAAAAUAAGUCUACAUUAUAAUAUGCAAGAUAUAAUGCUUCUCAAGAUUAGGAUAAUGGUAUUUGGUAUGCAAGAAGAAAUCAUAUCCUAUGAAAAUACUGGAAAUAGGUUUAUAUAGCUGCUUUAAGAGUGGCUGUGAAUUGUAGUUCUACUAUAACUCCUUUUCUGUAGCAUUAAUGACCUGAUUCUUUAGUGGCUGUACAUUUUCUUUAUUCAUAGCAUAUGCUGGGUUAUGUUUCUGCAGAAAUAUAUUUCUCUUUCACCAUAAUUUGUUAUAAAAUAUUUACUCUACAUUUGAAAGAAAUUUGUCAUCUAUUGCCAACCUUAUUGUUUGAUCAGUUAACUGAGAAAACUAGUUCUAAAGCAAAACUGUCAAAAUCAGAAUGCCUCCUCUCUUCUUCCUCCCCUUCAGCUUCACAAAGCAUACUCUUAUUAUGACAUUGAAACAUGCACAUUCAUUCACGUUCAUAUUGUACCUAUUUGGUUACUUAUCUUUUUGUCAUAAGAUAAUUUGCAGUAUGUAAUUCUCAAUAUUUGAAUGAACAUGUAUAUGAGUGUGAAUUACAGCAGUUUGUUCUUUCUUGCAUAUUCUUUAUUUCAAUUGUUAAUGUUUAUGAGAAUCUGAGAAGUGAAAACAAUGUGUAAAUUGUUUUACCUAAUCUUUAAUUUUGAAUAUAUCUUUUGUGCAUUAAAUUGA